UACGUGCUUGUUUGACGAGCUGGGCCGCCGCGCGGGGCCGCUCCCGGCCGCCCGACCAACAGGGGGCGUUGCCAUGGCCGCCAGGCCCAGCCCAGCUGGGGGUCGUCGAGCAAUGGAAAGGUUGAUUGGCUGGGGAGGUCACGUGGGGCGGAGGCUGCUGGUGGUUGACAAUAAACAUGGAGUCGAUCUUCCACGAGCGGCAAGAAGGCUCGUUGUGUGCUCAGCACUGUCUGAAUAAUUUGCUACAAGGGGAAUAUUUUAGUCCUGUUGAGUUAUCCUCCAUUGCACAGCAGCUGGAUGAAGAAGAAAGAAUGAGAAUGGCAGAGGGAGGAGUGUCUAGUGAAGAAUAUAGAACAUUUUUACAGCAGCCAUCUGUAAAUAUGGAUGACAGUGGAUUCUUCUCGAUUCAAGUUAUAAGCAAUGCCUUGAAAGUUUGGGGUUUAGAACUAAUCCUCUUCAACAGCCCAGAGUAUCAGAGGCUUGGGAUCGACCCGAUAAAUGAAAAAUCAUUUAUUUGUAAUUAUAAGGAACACUGGUUUACAGUUCGAAAGUUAGGAAAACAGUGGUUUAACUUGAACUCUCUCUUGAUGGGUCCAGAACUAAUAUCAGAUACAUAUCUUGCACUUUUCUUGGCUCAAUUACAACAGGAAGGUUAUUCCAUAUUUGUAGUAAAAGGUGACCUGCCAGACUGUGAGGCUGAUCAGCUAUUGCAGAUGAUUCGGGUACAGCAGAUGCAACGACCAAAACUAAUUGGAGAAGAGGCCGCACAGUCAAGAGAUCAGAGGUUACUCAGAAGCGACGUGGACCAAGCAAUAGAAGUUAACCAUCCUUUUGAUGGAACAGGCAUGUUAGAUGAAGAUGAAGAGAACUUUCAGAGAGCCCUAGCUCUGAGUAGGCAGGAAAUUGAUAUGGAAGAUGAAGAAGCUGAUCUUCGCAGAGCCAUUCAGCUCAGCAUGCAAGGUAGCCGUCAAAGCGAGUUCUCGGAUUCAUUAUCACAGAAUGUUCCUCAGUCACCUCACACCAGUCAGACAGACCCCCUUUCCUCAGAAGAACUGCGAAGGAGAAGACGAGUGCAUUUUGAAAAGCAGCAACAACAGCUACAGCAGCAAGAUCAGACCCCAAAGCUACAUGAUAAGCCAACUCUAACCUCAAGCACUCCACAAGCUGAUGCAGAUGGUGAUAUGAGUGAAGAAGACAUGCUUCAAGCUGCCAUGAAUAUGUCUCUGGAAUCUGUUAGAAACGACUUGAAUACAGAAGAGGAGAAAUGACAUAACUUUUUUCCCCCUUUUAUUGUCUGAACACUAAGUCUCCAUUCUAACUUUACUGUGUGGAUGUUGCACAAGCAGGGUUCAUUUCAGAGUUCUGGAAGCAGGUAUGAAAAGGGGGAUGGAGGUCAGAGUUUAGAGGGAAUCUGCAAAUACAAAAAAGAUUGCACUAAUUUAGAAAACUGUGGCACUCCUACUACAGAACAUCUGUUCACAAGAGUAGCUGUAUUAAAGUUACUUGAACUAUUGACAUGAACAAAGUUAGACACGUGUAGCAGCUGUAACUUGCAUUUAAAAAGCAAGUUUAAAUUGUUUUCAACAAUUCAAAAGGUGCUGAAAACCAGCACCAACUGAUUUCCUUCAGUACUAAUGGAAAAACAGAUAAAAGUAAUGUUGUCGUCAUAAAUUACUAAUUUCUAUAAGAAAUCACUUAACAUGGGAAAAUAAUGAAAUUCUGCUAGUUUUAAAUAAUUUAUUUUGUGAUUGUUUAUUCUGAAUGACAAGGUCGACUUUUCAAUCCUACUUGCCACUUUUGGAAUGACCCAUUUUGCAAGAGAAACAUGAAUCCAUAAAUUUCAUACUUUGCAGUUCAAGAUAAAAUCUUCAGUGUAUUGUUGAUUAUGAUGUUAUUCCUGAAUCUUUCAGUGAUUUCUGAUCUUCUAACACUUUCUGGUUUUACUUCCAGUUCCAACUGUAAAAUUAUCAGAUCCACGUAUAAAGUAGGAUUUUUGCAUUGCUCUAUUGUCUUUUGGCAGAUAACUUGCCUUCUUUGUGGUUUGUUGUUGUUGGGGGGUUGUUUUUGUUGUUUUCUCUUUCGUUUGGGGUUUUUGUGUUUGUUUGGGGGAUUUUUUUUGUGGAUUUUUUUUGUUUUGGGGUUUUGUUGGGGUGUAUUGUUUGUUUUCCUCUGGUCUUUCUAGUUAUGCCACUGUAUUUAAAAGUAGCAUAUAAUCAGUUGGGUUAAACAGAUCUUUUCUACCUCUUCUGGAGUCUUUUUUCCUCUUCACACUCAACCCUUCAUUCUGGCCUUUCAGUAUGACAGAAUUGUAACUGUGUCAAGGAGAAAGGAGGAGGGGAUUCAGGUGCCAUAAAGUCAGUGCCACACACAUAAGGUGCAUUCCUGCAGUCUGAAAUGACCCCUGUGCAAGUCGCUCUUUGAAGAAUGAAUAUUUAUGUCUGUGUGGAUGUUUUUUCUGAGAUGCUUUUGAUGAGUGUCUAUCAGAACGUUGCAGCUUUUUCAGGAAUAGCCUUUAUUCAUGCACCUUACAAUUUUUUAUCAUGCUGUUUCUGAUCCUCAGAAAAAUUGGGGAGCGAAGUAUGCGAGAGAGCUUAUUCUUUUGGUUUUAAGAUGUUUGCUCUUGAUAUCCAGGAUGAAUGUGUAACAGGGUGACCAAACAUGACUUUCAACUUCAGUGCAGCAAUUGAGAUAUAUGUUUCAUUUUCCUAAAUGGUGCUUGAAAUACAAAUUCUGUUUACAUAUAAAUUAUAUGAAAAAAUGUUGUAGGUAGAGUAUGUAAGCUGUAGUCCACUUAAGGCGUAGACAAGUUAGCACAGGCAUUCUAAGAAUCUUUUGACAGUAACUCCAAAUUUCUUUUUCAAAAUAUUCUGAAGUAAUAUCAUUGCACAAUAGUAACAUUUAAUUAAAAUCAGUAUAAAAUGAAUGGUAGCUAGAUGGAAAUAUACAUUCAGCAUCAAGAAGUACUGUAUUUGAAAGGGCUCAACUUCUCAGUAAUGAUUUGUUUACAACAAGGGUUUCUUGAUAGUUUAGGAUAUAAUAAUAUUAUACAUAAUUGGGCAAAAUCCUGUUUUCCUUACCUGUGUGCUGAAUUUCCACCAUGUCACCAGAACCACUGUUAUGUGUAAGAUAAUAUGCAUUUUGACGUGAGACAGCACUACUUUUUAAACACUGAUUUUAAAUUUUAUCUUUUAAAAAUAAUUGUUACGCACAUUAUCAUCUGUAAUGUCUCAGAUUAAUACAGCUAAACAAUGGCUUUAAGUGCUCAUGUGUGCAUAUGCCAUUUUGAAAUGCUGUAUUUUUCAGGAUGUAGAUUUCUGCUUUCAGUUUAAGUUUUAUAUGAAACUGAAAACAGGAAUCUGUAAAGCACUGAAUUAUUUCUUUGCUCAUCUGUAAACUAUCCACAGCUUUAAUUUCCCUUUUUUCUUGUGCCAUAAAUUGAUUCAGAAAUAAGACUCUUCAUUUUAUAAACAGGUGUGGGAUGGCUAUUUGAUACCUGUACUUGGAACUUGGUCCUUUUAUCCUCUCUUACAAUAAUAUCAUAAAAUUGUAUUAUUCCCAUAGCUAUAUAGCAUAGCAGCCCUGUAUUAAAAAAAAAAAAGCCCCUUGAGAAUUGCAUUAAUUGUGACCUGUUACAGUUCCAUGUUUUUAUAAUCACUAAAGUAUGGUGGUUUGCGUUUGAACUUUCAUGUCACUUUUUAAGUUACUUCAUCACCCAAGUGUUCUAAUAUGUAAGGAAUAGAAAGUAACAGUGCCUGAAAACGACAACUGUGUCAAUCAUUACAGUGCUAACCAUAUUCCUUCCUGUGUAGAAACAGUGUCACUGUACAAACACCAAUUUGAUUUUCAGAGGAAUGCCAAGUUUAAUGAAGUAGGCACAUCUGUCUAGUCAAGCAGUUAAGAGCUAGCAAUUUAAGCUACAUAUGUUAAUUGCACCAAAGGGAAAGACUAAUUGCUGACAGCGCAUAUUUUAUAGGCCAGACCUAAAGUUCAAAAUGUGUGGACCUGCCAAGAAGCUGUCAAUAAAAUAAAAAGCCACUCUCA